CGCGAGGGGCGCAGGGGGCGGGGCCGGCGCGCGCCCCGGAGGACGCAGAGCGGGCUCGCGGCUUCGAUGAGGGGUCCCCUCUGAGGUCAGAACCUGAGACCCGCCGUAGCCUGGAGGAGACACCUGUCCUCACCUCGCCGAGGUGUCUCGCAGGACCGCUGUGCUGCUGGAGCAGUCAUUGAAACAGCUUCUGGAUUCGGAGUAGCCUUUGCGAUUUGUGCUGAAAAUAGAGCCAAUUCACGCUGAAAAUAGAGCCAUUUUCCUAUGGGGUCCUGGCCUUUUCAUGGACUUUAAAAAAGAAAAAGAUUAAGGAAAGAGGAGAAAUUAAACAUCAACAAAGUGAAGAUUCUGCUUCUUACUAUGAAGUCUUUUGAGCAGAAGUAGUAAACGUGAACUCCAAAGAGCCAAUUUUCUGUACUCUGCAAUCUACAAGAAUUUUCAUCCAAGGACAAAGCUAGUACCUGACCUCUGUGCACAACUUGGUCCGCCUUGCCUUCGCCCAAACUGCAAUCCUAUCAGUCAGAUUUUUGACGUGUUACAGAACGCAAGUCACAGCUGCUGCAAUCUGCAGUAUCGAAAACUUUUGAAAUACUGCAUGUCUAACAAAGUUCAGUUUUUGUGUGAAUGAAAGUUUUAUUAAGGUGCUGUUUUUCAACCCUAAUCUUUUUACCAAGAAUGAAACUGUUUAAAAAUUAAGAUGCCAACAGAUCACGAGGAGCCCUGUGGUCCCAGUCACAGGUCAUUUUGCCUGAAUGGGGGGAUUUGUUAUGUGAUACCUACUAUUCCCAGCCCAUUUUGUAGGUGUGUUGAAAAUUACACAGGAGCACGUUGUGAAGAGGUUUUUCUCCCAAGUUCCAGCAUCCAAACCAAAAAUAACCUGUUCGCAGCUUUUGUGGCCUUGGCUGUUCUAGUCACUCUCACCAUUGCAGCUCUCUACUUCCUUUGCAGGAAGGGCCACCUCCAGAGAGCCAGCUCUGCCCAGUGUGAUGUCAGUGUGGGAGAAAUGAGCAGGACCAGUGCCCAGCACAGUCAUGGAGAACACUGAAGAAAUGUCAGCAUGAACCAAGCAUGCUUUCAUCAUACAAAGGCAGAAAGUGAAAUAAUAUAAGAUUUUCCCUGUGCUGCUGCCUGAUCCUGUAUUCCCACUGGGACACGGCCCCUCAGUCAGAAGUUCAGCUGUGCUACCUCCCCAGGCCCAGGGGAGCCUGGAGGCUGUCAGAGAAAGUAACCCUGCUGGAGCAGAAGUACGUCAGUGUUACUUUGAUGGACCACUCCUAGUGUGUUGCAGUUUUAUUUUUAACAAGCUGAUAAGUGAUAUUUAUGUAAAGGUAACUCUGUGUGUUUUAAACACGACAAUGAAAAUUUAAAAUGUAGCUUUCAUACUUGUGAGUAAUUCUAAAGUAUUUUAUUUUUAUCAGUGUUAAUGCUUUUUGUACAGGCUUCAAUCCAUUUUUCUGAAAUGUGCUGUUUUAAUGAAAGUAACUAUAAUCUUUUCAUAUCCCAUGGAACUGCUGUUUACACAUUGUGACGAUUUAAACUUAACCAUAUUUAUCAGAAUUAACGUUUUUGGAGGGAGGAAAUUCCCCACUUGUUAAAUGACACUAAACUGUUGUCUGGGCUCUUAUAAUAGGUCCUCAGAUUUUAUGAAAGGACAGCCUGUAGCUUUCUAGGUUCUUCACUAACUAAAGUUGGUUGUGCAUAAAGAAUAUAAAGUGACACCCAAAUUCUUUUAACUGUCUGGGUUUUCCACUAAUGAUGUAGUGUGGGGAGUAUUCUGUCCAUGCAUACUUUAGCCAUUAAAUUAGACACAUCUUGAGCUUCUCUGAGUUAAGGCGAACCAUUUGGUUUUUAAUGUGCUUGAGGAGACAGGAUAUUUUAAUAUAAUUUUUGUCUAUAUCAAACAGCCCACUGUUAAUUUUUAAAUGUCAGACUUUGGUGAGCCAUGUAUUUGGGAAGUGAGAUUACAGUAUGCUUAAUUUUCAGUGGUGGCUAAAAACAGAAAAUUCUGAGAUUUGUUACUAUUAAAGCUAUUAAGAGAAAUUACUAUUAAGAGAAAUUGAUAGGGACUUUCUAUUUUUUGAUCAAUUGAAUAGAUACCAAUGUCAAUGUAUGGGAAACUUUUCUUUUUUUUUUUAGUACCCAGGAGAGAACUCAGGUCCUUGCGCUUGCAAGACAGGCAGCGUAACCACUGAGCUAAAUCCCUGGCCCUGGGAAACUUUUCUUAAAAUGUGUUCAUGUAUUAUUUUGAUCCAUUUUCUGAGGCAUUUGGUGCAAUAAACCUUUGGAAUUUAUCUUGA